UUGUCACAAAUCAACAACGGAAAAAGAUCAUUUGAAUAGUUUCAUAAGAUAGUUUCUAGUAGAAAUGGCUCUCAAAGUAUUGAUAUUAACCAUUGCAACAAUGGCUGUGUUAUUUUCAAUGAGCCAUGCAUUUGAUCCUAGUCCUUUGCAGGAUAUUUGUGUUGCUGUUGAUGACUCCAUGGCUGCUGUUUUUGUGAACGGAAAAAUUUGCAAGGAUCCAAAGCAGGUUAUGGCAAAUGAUUUCUUUAAAUCGGGUCUAAACAUACCUGGAAAUACCUCAAAUCAACUUGGAUCUGCUGUAACUGCUGUGAACGUAGGCAACUUACCUGGACUCAACACUCUGGGCAUUUCAUUAGCGCGCAUCGAUUAUGCACCAUAUGGUCUCAACCCACCUCAUACACACCCCCGAGGAACUGAGAUUCUAGCUGUUCUUGAGGGUACACUAUACGUUGGCUUUGUCCUUUCAAACCCUGGUCCAAAUAUGAAGAACAAGCUCUUUACCAAGAUUUUAAAUCCUGGAGAUGUGUUCGUUUUCCCAAUAGGUCUCAUUCAUUUUCAAUUUAAUGUGGGAAAGACUAAGGCUGUUGCAUUUGCUGGACUCAGUAGUCAAAAUCCAGGAGUCAUCACUAUCGCGAAUGCAGUAUUUGGUUCAGACCCACCAAUCAAUCCUGAUGUUCUUACGAAAGCAUUCCAACUUGACAAGAAAGUUGUGGAUUACCUCCAAUCACAAUUCUGGUGGGAUAACAACUAAAAGAAUAGUAGCAAACUAUUAAUCUACAAAUAGUUAUGGUUAUGUGAACUACUUGUGUCACAUAAAUAGGUAAUGUUUCCGACUGGUUUUCCUCUCCAUUUUAGUGUGGUGUAUUGGAUGAGGAUAUGUUAUGGCUCGUUAUGGAAUAAAAAUAAGUUUACUGUUUGUUAUA